CUUGACGCAGCAGCAGCGGCGGCGGGAGGCGGCGGCGGCUGCGACGACCCCGGCUCUCCGCCCGCCCGCAGCAGCCCCCCGGUGCCGCGGGCUGCGCGGGUCCCAUCGGCCCCCCGCCCUGCCGCCGCCCCAUGCGAGGGGCCCCCGGCCGGCCCCGCCGCCGCGCUCCCACGCCGCCCCGCCGCGCCUCUCCCCCGCCCCGCCGGGAGCCGCCACCUGCGCGCCGGGCGCGGGCAGCGGGGCCAGCGGCGGGCAGGAGCCGGGCGGGCACCGGAGGAUGCCGGAGACCGGGCAGGAGCCGCCCAGCGCCCCGCCGCCGCCCGCCAAGGAGUCCUUCUACAUCAAGAACCUGCUCAACGGCGACCCCCCCAAGGCGCCCCCCAAGCAGCCGCGGGCGCUGUUCGCCCCGUCGGGCAAGGCGGCGGUGGACGGCGGCGGCUUCGCCCUCUCGCAGGUGGGGGACCUCGCCUUCCCCCGCUUCGAGAUCCCGGCGCCGCGCUUCGCCCUGAGCGCCCACUGCCUGGAGCGCGCCCAGACCUGGUGGUACCCCUACGCCCUGACCCCGGCCGGAGCCCACCUGCCCCGCACAGAAGCCGCCGAGAAAUCCCUGCUGAGGGACUCGUCCCCCGCCUCGGGUACCGACCGGGACUCCCCGGAGCCGCUGCUGAAGGCGGAGGGGGAGCAGAAGGAGCUGGACUCCAAGAGCCCCGACGAGAUCGUCCUGGAGGAGAGCGACUCGGAGGAGGCGAAGAAGGAGGGCGGCGCGGAGGACUGGAAGAAGCGGGAGGAGAGCCCGGAGAAGAAACCCUGCCGCAAGAAGAAGACGCGCACGGUGUUCAGCCGCAGCCAGGUUUUCCAGCUGGAGUCCACCUUCGACAUGAAGCGCUACCUGAGCAGCUCGGAGAGGGCCGGCCUGGCCGCCUCCCUCCACCUGACAGAGACCCAGGUGAAGAUUUGGUUCCAAAAUCGCCGCAACAAGUGGAAGAGGCAGCUGGCGGCCGAGCUGGAGGCAGCCAACCUCUCCCACGCCGCCGCGCAGCGCAUCGUCCGCGUCCCCAUCCUCUACCACGAGAACUCGGGCGCGGAGGGGGGCGCGGGGGGCGGCGGAGCCCCCGGUACCCAGCCCCUCCUCACCUUCCCUCACCCCGUCUACUAUUCCCACCCCGUGGUCACCUCCGUGCCGCUCCUCCGGCCCGUCUGAACCCGCCCGCCGCUGCGCGGAGGGGCGCGGAGAGGCGCGCAAGUCACCAGCCCGCUUGUAAGUACUCCAGCCGCUCGUGGGGUUCAGCCGGCCGGGGUCUGCGGAGCUGGGGGGGCGGGGGGAGAGGGGUGCGGGGGUGGGGGGACCCCUCGGCGGGUGGUGCUAGGAGGAAAGUCACGAAAAUUUAAGAAACAAACAAAAAAACAUAAACAACAAAAAACGGGGAGGGGGUGGAAUAAGGAAAAUAAAAGUGUAACUUGUAGAGAACCCUGGAGCUGUCACACCUUUUGUAAACGUGGACAAAAACCGCGAUGGUCUCUGUGGCUUUAGUUUUAUUUUUGUAAAAAAAAAAAAAAAAAAAGGAAAAAGAAAAAAAAGGAUAAUAAUAAUUAAAAACAAAAUGAUCCCAGGCCACUCCUCGAGAUUUGCCAAACGCUAACGGGAAGGUGAAUUCCUGUUCCUUUCGGACCUCUCCUUCUGCCUCCAAAUUGUUCAGGCUCCUGAUCCUGUCGUGACUCAAACUUCAUGGACCGCGGCUUGCCGUUUGAGCUCACCUCGGUACCGAUUUGCCUCCUUGCUUCCCCACGUUUUGUACCUUUCGGUUCUCUGACACGGGACUUUAUCACGAGCGAGAAAUGCAGCCUCAAAGCGAACCAUUAAACACACCCGCACACUUUGAGUGACCCUUAUUUAUUAUCGUUUACUUAGAUAUUUUUAAUUCUUGUUUAUAAUUAUUGUUUUCCUAGUUGCUGGGUUGGCUUUUUUUUUCUUUCCUUGUAAAGUUAUUUCGGUAUUUUGGGGAGAAAAACUCUGUACCCUUUUGCUUUCUUUUGUAAUACUAAUUAUUAUUAUUAUUGUACUUUUGAACUGUGCAAUAUUGUACGACGAUUCUUAAAGCACUGCUUUUAUUUGGAUGGUGAGGAAAGGGGGUUUAGCAUUGUAUAACUGCGUUCAUUCAUGUUGUACAAAAUAAAAUGAAAAAGAAUUAAAAGUGGAGGAAAGUCAGAAGAGAGGAGCAGGGCAUAGGAAUAAGCAUCAGCCCGGCUUACACGAAUAAAUAAGGGAGAUUCGGUGAGCUGGGCGCUUUAAGUGAAGGACAAUCAACUUUAGGGUAAUUUUAAUUUAUUUGAUAUGAUGUACAGUUUUCUUCUAAAGUCCAUCGAGUAUGUGGAUUUUAAUAGACAGAAAUCAAGCAAGGAGUGGACACCUCUAGUCUCUCUCUGUCUCAGUGUCUGCUCACCUGUUGUCUGACAAUUGUUUGCCGUCUUCCCAAGGGUUUGGGUUGGUUUCGUUUCUUCAUUUUUUUCCCCCUUUCGGUUGUACUCUCUGCCCUCUCGCUUUCUGUUAGGGAUCGGUCCUAUUUUUAAAACAGCCUAUAUUGUUAUAAACUUAAUGUUGUGGUGGAAAAAAAAAUCAAUAAAACCCGUUCCUUAUAAUUUUUUUAAAGUGUGGCUUCGGAGAGAAAAAAAAAAAAAAAAAACAACCAAAACACAAAAAUAAACCCAAAAGCUACACGCAAAUAAAAGAAGCGUUGUCGGGAGCGCGGGGGUCGCCGGGGGGUGUCCGGAGCCCCCCCCCGAUCGGGAGCGGACCGACACGGAGGGGGUCCUUUCCCAGCCCAGGCAUCGCAGCUGGGUAACCCCGGGCGAGCGGUCCCACACUCCACGGAGCUCGCCGGGACGGGCCGGGGGGGAUGAGACGCGGGGGGGUCCCCUCCCACCCGGGGGCCGCCUCCCCGGGGGCUUCCCCUGAACUUCUGCCCCCCACCCCCACCCCCUUCCUCAGGCUGCUUCGCCUCCCGGCGGG